AUGUCUCGUCUUGGGUUUGGAAUCGCUUUCGGCCUUGCCGGCCUUGCUAGCCCAGUGCUAGGCUGGACAGCUGAAGAGACCUUCUACCCAGCUACACUCAACGACACGGCCUACAUCAGCAAUAGCUCAAUUGGUACAUAUGGGGGUAUCUACCAGGCUGCUACCACCGGACCAACCGGAGGUUCCCCUUAUGGAACUUAUGAUUAUUGCUCCAUGCCUCAUCCCCGUGUUCAAGAGUAUGAGCUUCCCGAAGCCCUAAGCAAGGGCCAUGUUCUGGGAAAGCUUGUGUACCUUGAGUAUUUGCAGCGUCAUCAAAGACGUUCUCCUUACAACAUCUUGCCUGGUGGAGAGAAUGAAGCAUAUGACUGCGACAAUGUCAGACCCUAUCUCUACGCAGGCGCAGACACUUCUUCCGGCAUCCAGCCAAUCCCCAUGUAUGCGCAGACAUACCAAGACCCAACGAACCCAUUCACACCCGGCGUGAACGGUUCCUGCCAAUACCCCCAAAUCACCAUUGGUGGAGUCCAAGACGGCUUCCAGCACGGCAAAGAUCUCUGGUCCGUCUAUGGCGAGAAACUUGGUCUGAUUCCCAAGCAACCCAAUGAUCGCACCUGGUUCCGCUCUAGUGAAUCGGCGCUUACUCAGGGAAGUGCCGGUGCGGUUUUGCGUGGUGUCUGGCCUUUUUACCAGGGUGCGCUACCUUUGCAUCAGAUGGUGUCUAGCGUAGACACCGUCAACGAGGGAUAUUCUUGCUCGGCUAUUAGUAGCACCUUGAGUGCGUUGGAGUCGACGUCUGAAUGGAACGACCACCUUGCUGUCACCGAGGAACUACGGUCUACUCUCGGAUCAAUGUUGGGUGCUACCAGUAGCUCCUGGCAAGACACCUUUGACCACUUCUCGGACAACUUUCAGGCCCGUCUGUGCAACGGUUACGAACUCCCCUGCAGUCUGACCAAUUCCUCCAACUGCGUGACUAUGGAAAUGGCCGAGGAAGUCUUCCGUGCCGGCGACUGGGAAUGGAACUACUACUGGCGCACAAACCCCGAUGUCGUCAAAUACAUCCAGGUAGUUGAGGGCUUGUUCAUUGGCGAAAUCGUUGCUCGCCUCCAAGCUGUUCUCGACGGCAAAUCAUCUCUUGAUUAUACCCACAUAUUUAUUCAUGAUGGUGAUAUCGGCCCUGUUCUGGGUGCGCUUGGUAUUGAUGCGCUGCGAUGGCCAGCUAUGGCAUCUAACAUCGCUUUUGAAGUUUGGGAAACAAAUGAUCAGUCAAACCGUUACUAUGCUCGUGUCUUGUACAGCGGUUGGGCACUCAAGACUAUUCACGGUACCCUUGACUGGCUUCCUCUUGCUGAUCUCAUUGACAUCAUGAGUCCUUAUGUACCUGAGGACAUUGUCUCUUUGUGUGGUUAG